AUGACGUUGUGUCAUACUAUACAAAUCGCUCAUCAUUCCAAGUUUGAAUUCGGCUACGAACCACAUGAAGCCCCUUUGGAAGCUCCGCACCCUUAUCCGGCCCGAUCAGAACCCCCGCGCCAGCAAUCAGGACGAACCUUAGGCGACGUGAAGCCAUUCUCCGAGUUCCUGACUGAUACCUUCAAUCGCCAGCAUGACUAUUUACGGAUAAGCAUUACGGAGCGAUGCAAUUUGCGGUGUCUGUAUUGCAUGCCCGAAGAGGGCGUGCCACUUUCUCCGCAAUCACACAUGCUUACCAGCCCCGAGAUCUACUACCUAGCCUCCCUUUUCGUCUCUCAAGGCGUCACGAAGAUUCGACUUACCGGCGGCGAACCCACGAUCCGGAAAGAUAUUAUACCCCUAAUGCAAUCGAUCGGAUCUCUGCGCUCGAAGGGACUACGGGAGUUGGCCUUGACAACGAAUGCUAUAUCAUUACACCGAAAACUGGAUAGCAUGGUAGAGGCAGGAUUGACAGGCGUCAAUAUCAGCCUAGACACGUUGGACCCAUUUCAAUUCCAGCUGAUGACAAGGCGAAAUGGUUUUGAAGCGGUCAAGAAAUCCAUCGACAAGAUUCUUGAGAUGAACCGACUCGGAGCGAACAUCAGGUUGAAGAUCAAUUGCGUUGUCAUGCGGGGCCUCAAUGAUCGAGAAAUCCUUCCCUUUGUCGAACUCGGUCGCGAACAGGAUAUCGAGGUCCGGUUUAUCGAAUACAUGCCUUUCGACGGCAACAAAUGGAGCAAAGGAAAGAUGUUCCCCUAUCAAGAAAUGCUCGACCGCAUUCGAUCGAAGUAUCCGACGCUGGAGAAAGUUCAAGAUCAUAAGAAUGACACCAGCAAGACGUACCGCGUGCCGGGCUUUGUCGGCAAGAUGGGAUUUAUCACGAGCAUGACCCAUAACUUCUGCGGAACAUGUAACCGACUCCGGAUCACCGGCGAUGGCAAUCUCAAAGUCUGUCUGUUUGGCAAUUCCGAAGUCUCGCUCCGAGAUAUUCUCCGCGAAGGGAACGAUGGCCUACCGAUCGAUGAAGAAGCAUUCCAAACGAUCAAGCAAGCGGAGAUGAAUCGGCUCGGCGAAAGCUUCAAUGAUGAUACACCACUGGGGUGGGGGAAAAGGGAAGAGGGUCUUCUCGAUAUCAUUGGUCACGCUGUGAAGCGGAAGAAGGAAAAGCACGCUGGAAUUGGCGAGCUGGAGAAGAUGAAGAAUAGGCCUAUGAUUCUGAUCGGCGAUCGAGAAGCCUCCCCACUGUUCACCCAAAAGAAACGCUGGGCGAACCCUGUACUUUGGCAACAAUCUGUCCCACGCGUUGGCCAGUGGCAAACGACAGCUCUUCUUUACACUACCCACUCUAGACCAUUCUCCACUACCGACUCUUUGAACGAAGAGGAUGUGAAGCCAACGAAACCUGGCGCCAACCCAACGAGUCGACAAAAGCUGACACACCUAAACGAGCAAGGCGUCCCCCACAUGGUGUCCGUGAGCGGCAAAUCUAGCACCCGCCGCGUCGCCAUCGCCGUCGGCCAAGUGCACUUCAGCGAGAACCACGGCGCCGCCGCCGUCGCCAGCCUCAAACACAACGCGAAAGGUGACCCUUUGUCCGUCGCACGGAUCGCGGGAAUCAUGGCGGCCAAGGCGACGCCGUCGAUCAUCCCGCUGUGCCACCCGAUCAGCUUGACGCACGUGGACAUCCAGCUGGAGCUGAAGGUCAAGAAGGCCGCGUGGCCGACGGAGAAGCGGAAGAAGCGGGAGAAUUCCCCAGCCAGUAUCCUGGUGCGGGCGCGGUGCGAGACGGUGGGGGUCACGGGGGUGGAGAUGGAGGCAUUGAGCGCGGUGACGGGUGCGUGUUUGGGGAUCAUCGACAUGCUGAAGGCGGUGGAUAAGGAGAUGUCAAUGCGGAAUAUCCAUCUAGUUGCAAAGGAUGGGGGGAAAAGUGGGAGCUGGCGGAAGGCGGGAUGGGAGGAGUUUGAUGUCGACCGUGAUUGGGAGCAGGAUUCCACUUUUAACACGAAUGAGUAUGGGAGGCCCGCGUGA